AGAGGACUGAGAAAGAAAGAAGUUUGCAUCAGUGAGAAGGAAGGAAGAAACCCUGACAGUCCAGGCCAGGUGGCAGCCCCAAAGCUCCACCCCGGCCCGACCCUGGCCCCACCUCCUCUCUCUCUUCCCACCCACACCCGGCCGCGACUCAUCCUCGGGGCGGGGAGAGGUGGCAUUUGAGUCCUCCUGUAUCCCAGCAGGCAGUGCAGCCUGGAGACGCUGACAAAGGAGCUGAGCAACAUUCGCAGCUGCUUUCCGAGGAGCUGGUGUUGCGGAGGUGAGAGUCCCCCAGCGUCCCGUCACCCCACUUCCUCCGACUUCGGCAGAACGUGGAAGUUACGUGGCCCAAAGCCUCCGCCGAAGGAACAACCCGUACCCAGAACGCGGGCUCGGCUAGAUUGCCAAAAUGCUUUGGAGUUUUUAACUGAAUCUAAGAAAAAUCCAAAAUAGAUUUGAGACUGUAAAAACAGAAGCUGCAGCAAGGGGGAUUCAGUGCCAAUGCAUCAACAAAAAAGACAACCAGAGUUAGUGGAAGGAAAUCUUCCUGUUUUUGUGUUUCCCACGGAGCUCAUAUUUUAUGCAGAUGAUCAGUCAACACAUAAGCAAGUGUUGACUCUGUACAAUCCCUAUGAGUUUGCCUUAAAGUUCAAAGUUUUGUGUACUACUCCAAAUAAGUAUGUUGUCGUUGAUGCUGCGGGUGCAGUAAAGCCUCAGUGUUGUGUGGAUAUUGUGAUUCGUCAUAGAGAUGUUCGAUCCUGUCACUAUGGUGUAAUAGACAAAUUCCGUCUCCAAGUUUCUGAGCAAAGCCAGAGGAAGGCUUUAGGAAGGAAAGAGGUUGUUGCUACUCUUCUCCCAUCUGCAAAAGAACAACAAAAGGAAGAAGAGGAAAAAAGAAUAAAGGAACAUUUAACGGAAAGUUUAUUUUUUGAGCAGUCAUUUCAACCAGAAAGCAAAGCUGUCUCCUCAGGACCUAGUUUAUUAACGGUCUUCCUGGGAGUGGUGUGCAUUGCAGCCCUGAUGCUGCCUACGCUGGGGGACAUGGAAUCGCUGGUGCCUCUCUACCUCCACUUAAGUGUGAAUCAAAAAUUAGUGGCUGCUUAUAUUUUAGGUCUUAUCACAAUGGCUAUACUAAGAACAUGAGCGAGGAUCUCAACUGACUUCUGAAGUAAAUUUAUCUUAAAUAUGAAUGUGGACUGCCUUUCUCUAGUUCACUCCAUUAACAUGCUACAAACUAUUGAAUGAUUUCAAAUUAUUGUAAAUGUAUAAUAUAUUUUAAAAUCCUCUAUAAUUGUAUUUGAAGCACUCUAGCACAUUAUGUUAUGGACAGCAAAGAUGCUUCUGAGUGACACUUAGGAAAUCAUUUGAUGAAAUUCUUUUUAUAUCUAUACAUAUGGUACAAAUGACUUUAAUUAAAACAUUCAUUAUUUUCUCAUCUUUUUUUAAAAUGCACUUAAAUUGAUGAGGAUCAUGGUUUCUUCAAAAUUAAAGGCCUCAAAGAGCAAAGUGUCCAGCCUGAAAAUCAAAUUACAUGUAUUUCUUAGCUGUGAACAUCAACAUGACUAUGUGAAUUAUACUUUGCCCUUUAUUGUCAUAAAGAGUUGCUAUGAUGUUUCUAAAAUAAGAGUUUUACAGUUAAUUUGUAGAGGGUUCAAAAAAGGGAUAAGGUACUAAGGGAUCAUGCUUAUCCUAGGCUCUCACAAAACAUAGGACAUACUUAAUUCAUUUUGUGAACUACAGAGUGCAUUGUGUUCCACACACCAAGCAUAGGAAAUAGGUUGACCUCUCUGUUUCAUCUAAGAGUUUGAAAGGAAGGCUGGCAUGUGGUUAGUUAGUUGUUUCAGCCUGGCUUUGCCUCUGAUUCAUGUUUUAUAUUAAUGGGGGAUCACUGUAUCUCUUCUUCCAGGACCCUUGCCUGCCUGACUGUAAAUGAGAGACCAGGUGGUUUGUGUAAGGAUGAUUUUUCCUUUAAAAUUCUCGUCAAGUGUAGAAAACCCUUGAUACCUGUGUCUAUUUUAUAUGUCACUGAGACAUUUUUAAGUUUUUAUUUAUUAAGACAACUUUACCAAAAAAUCCCCUAAGCACAACUAUUUACAUUUCAUAUCACCUCUUCUGAUCUCUAACAUAUAUAUAUGCAGUUUUAACUAUUAUUGUCAUAACAACUGAUCAUUUGUUUUAGAGUUUUUAUCUGAAAGCACAAUGCAUUGAGUCUCUUGAAAAUCAUCUUUUAGAUCUUUUUACAGAAUGAACUUAUGCACUGCUACUGUAGCAUUCUCAAGGAAUAUACUUAAAUACAAAUGUAUGCCUGAAGUUGGUUUCUUGCAGGAAACAGUACUCUGCUUCUAAAAGCUUUUGUGUCUAGUCUUUCAUAAAAAAAAAUCAUUGUUUAAUCAUGUGGGGAGCAUAAAUCAUUCAAUGGAUCAUGUCUAUACAUUGUAUAAUGACUGAAAAAGCACAUCAAUGUAACCUACUUUGAACUUUGUAAAACAAAAGCUUAUGUUUGGAAAGCUCGCGUUUCUCUGUUUCUCAAGUCCUGUGUGUUGUGCACGUGCAUGUGCAAGUGCACGCACAGGUGUGUGUGAUAACGCAUUGUAAAAAAAAAACAAAUUACUUUAAAAAUAAAAUGAAGUGGAAACCUGA